AUGUCACAGUACGGCGCGCCAGCCUUACAACUUUCCUCCGUGUCGCCAAUCUCCCCCGUUGCCGCCUCGUCGACAUCGUCUGCGGGCCCCGCCCGUCCCCAUCCAUCUUCCGUGAGGGGCGGUGGAGCCGGACCCGGAGCCGGACCCGGGACCGGUCACUCCGACGAGACGCCCUCAUCGCAGUCCGCCGCCCAGCAACUCCAGCAGGCCCAGCAUAAGCGCGUCUACCAGGCCUGCAUCCCCUGUCGCCGCCGUAAAGUGCGCUGCGAUCUUGGCUCCGUCGACGACCCGCACGACCCUCCCUGUGUCCGCUGCCGUCGCGAGAGCAAAGAAUGCUAUUUCAGUGCUACGCGCCGAAAGCGCAAGAUUGAUGAAGAGCCCCGAGAGGAAUCCGAAGAGCAGGACGAUUACAUCCUUCGCAAUGGCCGCAAACAAUUGCGCACCGCGGCAUCGCCACCACCCGUGCUGGACCGUCGGUUGUACAGCGACGUACCCCUCACGCCGGGAGGAAGUCACGGGCGGGCGCAGCCUCUGAGGCGGCCGGGUGACGCCUCCAAGAGCGCACGCAGUAACAGCACGGCCGGCGAAUUUGGAAAUGGCGAGCCUAAUACGCCGCUGGAGAACUUCGAGGCUCGGACCGUCAUGCGGAGGGAGGUUUAUGGACCCCACGAUGCGCUGGACUUGCUCUACAAGGCAGCUACCGACAAUGCCUCACACAAGCCCGACAACCCGGCGCCGCCCCAUAGUGCUACCCAACCAGGCCCUCAUCACACUCGUCACGACGCCGAGCCGCCCAGAUCAGCCAACAACAUCGGGUCAGGGGGCUACCACAGCCGACAUGUAUCACGUCAAGAUGGUCCGGCUACGGAGCAAGCUAUCGACCCGGAGUUGACGAAGCGGGAUCCGUCUACUGAGCCUGGCUACAAUGAGGCGAUUAAGGCCUGGGGUCGAUUCCGCUUCGUACGCGCUGGCUGGUUCACCGCCCAGGAAGCAAUUGACUACAUCGACUAUUAUUACAAAUAUUUGUCCCCCCUCACCCCCAUCUCGCCCCCGACGUUCAACAAUCCGGCCUCCCACCUAACGCUCCUGACCGAGGAGCCGAUCCUUACCGUCACACUCUUAACGAUCGCCUCGAGAUACCGUCGCAUGCCUGGCACCGGAGGGCACUGCCGUUCACAUGCCAUCCAUGAACAGCUAUGGAUGUACCUUAGGGGUAUGAUUGAGCGUGUCGUGUGGGGCCAGGAAGCGUUUGGCGGCGGCUUCUGCGGCUCAGGAGCCGAUGAUGCUCAGAGCUCCAGCACAGCCCCCUGGAGGGGUCUGCGCAGAGGUAGCUUGAGGACUCUCGGAACUAUCGAGUCCCUGAUGAUCCUGACCGAAUGGCACCCGCGGGCGCUCCACUUCCCACCGAACGAAGCCACCGACGAGUUGAUGCUGCCGUCCUACGACCCCCCUAGCCCUGGCGAUAUCAAUGGCAACCAAAAGUCCUCGGGGUUUGGCGGCCGAAGGAUCGAGAGCUGGCUGGAGCCUGCCUGGAGGAGCGAUCGCAUGUGCUGGAUGCUGUUGAGCACGGGCAUGGGGCUGGCUUAUGAGCUCGGUGUUUUUGAUGAUGUUGACGAGCUGCUGGCUGCCGGUGCUAUUACGCGGCCCGAGUACGAAGAUGAGUCGUACCGCCUGAGGGCAAACCGCAUUAAAAGGCUGCUUCUCAUCUACCUAAGUCAACUCGCCGGUCGCCUUGGCUGGACCAACAUGGUACCUGAGCGGUUGCGGAAGUCGGAUCCGGCCGUCUCGCGGAGAAAGCGGCAUUCGGUCGAGGGCACCACCCCCGGGACUAACCCGUCUUCAUUGUCAAACACAUUCAACUACAUACCAGACUUGGAGCUAGACGACCAGAUCAUACACUGUUGGGUGGGAAUCAGCAACGCCAUGCAAGUCGGCAACGAGAAGUUGUUCAGGUCCCGAAAACACACAACAGAAAUCAUCCAGACCGGGAAAUACACCGAAUUGCUCGCAGACUUCCAGCCCAUGCUAAAGGAGUGGUGGAACCAGUUCGAGCGGUUCCGGCUACCCCCGUACAUCAGGCACGUCCUCACUAUCGAAUACGAAUACGUACGCAUCUACAUCAACUCCCUCUCUCUACAGGCGGUUGUCGAGCGGUGCACCAACAAUGCCGGCGGGGGCACGGGGCCAGGAGGGAGCGUUUCGGGUCACUCGGGGCCGCAGCUGUCGCCGCAGACGCAAAACUACUACGGAAAGCUGCCACUUGGGCAGUUAGGUGGCUUUGGCGCCGAGGAUCAAGAGUACGUGAGGGAAGUGGUCAACGGCAGCCGGAACCUGCUCCGGACCGUCGUCGAGGGCUUGCUGCCCGGGGACUACCUCAAGCACGCGCCCGUGCGCACCUACUUCCGCAUCAUCAGCGGCGCUAUGUUCCUGCUGAAGACCUUUGCGCUCGGCGCGCCUAAGUCCGACGUCGAGCUGAGCAUUCAGCUGAUGGAUCGCACCGUGAGCGCUCUCCGUAACUGUGUUGUCGACGAUGUCCACCUAGGCAUCCGCUUUGCCGACAUGCUCGAGACCCUGACUAGCCGGCUGCGGAACCGGUUCAUCUAUGCGCCUCCGCCUGCCGCCAUGUCGGCGGAUGGCAGGUCGCCCGGGGCAACGCAUGGUGAUCUCGCGAAUGGGAGUGGCUUGAACGGGCUGUCGCAUGCAGCGAAUUCCAACGAGGUGUGGCUCAAGUUGAGAGAAGGGCCUGGUCUCGCAACCCCAACGCCAACCCCGGGCAGCAGCAUCGGAGACAGCAGCGGCCUGUUCGACAACCCGGACUGGGCCAACCCCAACAACGAAAUGUGGUACCUGCCCACAGGCGCCGCCUUUUUCCAGAACAUUGAUAGCAACGCCGUCUUCGAUGACGGCGGAGGGCGUGAAUGUCGGCGGCCUUGA